AUGCAUGCCAUCACCCGGGCAUCCACUAUGCGGUCUAUGGAGACAAUCGAGGAGUCGUGGAAGGAUGGUGGAAAGGUCGCAGCAGGAACUGGCCAACAAACAGUAUCUUCCGUAUGGUACACACAUUCUCGCAAGAAAAUAGCCUCACUGCCCACACUAGAUAUGUUCCCAGUAAGGAGAACCCAGCUGACGGCCCUUCUCGUGGAGAAUAUGGCACGACGCAAGACCUCCUCCCUGCCAUCAACAUCCCCAAUCACCUCCAGCACUAUGUCGUCGAUUUCGACACACCUCAUAUGCCAACGGAACUCCGCCUUGCACGAGAAGGCAAAGCAGCCCUUGCCGCCCCCAGGAUCAGCCCAGCCACACGACUCCUCCAACGCCAAAGCACCUCAGAGGGCCAGAUCCUCCAUGAAGAAGAAAUCCUCGCCCACUUCCAAGCCAGCAACCAAGCAGCACCGCUUCUCUCCAGAGCACCGAAGCACAAAUGGAGGGCCAGUGCGUGACCACACACGGGCUCGAGCUUCACGAAAACCUGCGCUGUACCCUCCUGACCUCACACCAGUACCAUCCACACUCCGCCCACACGUCUUUGCUCGAGAACGGCUUACACGUUGGAGACCAACCACGGUCCGUACUGCCACUGACAACCAGGGCUGGCCCACCCAUCUCUCCACUGAAGACCUGGCCCGCAUUCUCGAGGUAAUGGCCGGGGCGUGGGCGGAUGGGACUCUGGAAGUCUAUGGGACAGGCCUCCUCACCUGGCACGCCUUCUGCGACAAGAACGGAGUUAGUGAGGAUCAGAGGGCCCCAGCCUCACCCCUCCUCAUCGCCUCUCUCAUAGCCACCCUCUCAGGUGCUUUCUCUGGUGGCACCAUCGCCAACUACAUCUAUGGCAUCCGGGCAUGGCACAUCCUGCAUGGGGUCCCAUGGAAGAUGGUCGACCCUGAACUGGAGGCACUGCUCAAGGCCGCAGAAAAAGCAACCCCACCCACAUCAAAGAGGAAGAAACGCCAGCCAUACACAAAAGAUUUCAUGGUUGCUAUUCGCGGUCAGCUAGACCUCUCAACGCCCCUCCAUGCUGCCGUUUAUGCCUGCUUGACAACCACAUUCUGGUCAGCUGCCCGAGUUGGUGAGUUCACGGUCAAAAACCUGACAAGCUUCGACGCAAACAAACAUGUCAAACCCUCAAACGUUACAACCACGACAGACCAGAACGGCUUCGAAACAACCGAGUUCUUCAUCCCCUCCACAAAGUCUGAACCCACCAACGGAGAGACAGUCUCAUGGUCGAGACAGAACGGAGACACAGACCCGGAGACUGCAUUCCACAACCACAUAGAUGUCAACUCACCGUCAAAUGGUGGCCACCUCUUUGCAUACAAAGUAGGCUCAGGAUACAAGCCACUGACAAAGCACAAGUUCAUUCAAAUUCUCACCACCGCAGCACGAGCAGCUGGCCUAGAGCCACUUCAAGGCCAUGGGAUCAGGAUUGGGUCAACACUCGAGUACCUCCUGAGGGGGAUUCCAUUCGAUGUGAUGAAAGCAAAGGGAAGGUGGGCAAGUGACGCCUUCCUCGUCUACCUCAGGAAGCAUGCCCAAAUCCUCGCACCAUACAUGCAAGCAGACCCAGUCCGCCAGGAAGAAUUUAUCAGGCUAACCAUGCCUCCACUACGCCGCCACUAA